AUGGCGAAAGGUCUUCUAGCGGGUCUUAAGGGCCAUUGCCCUAACCGGACUACCCCUUGCGACUUUGCGCUCUAUGCAAAUGCUACCCAUCUCGACGAUAAUCAGAAGUUGGUGCCCAAUGUCGACAUCACUGGAACAAAUGUCAUCCGUGCCUUUCAAAUUACGUCUUUCCUUGCCUUGGUGGCUGCAUUUUUGCUAUUGAUGGACUAUUCAUACCUCAUCUUCCAUGCCCGUUAUCAACCACAGUCCCAAACAAGACGAGACCACAAGAAAUACAAGCGGAUCAUCCACAGCAUUGACACCAUACUCCACACUUUCAGUGACGCAGCUCUCACGGCUGGGAUUGCGCUUGCCUUCGCAACCCUCCUGCAAAGCUGUGAUCUCUCUGUAUACCACUACAACAUAGUCUGUUAUAUGCUCUUGAUGGCUAUGAUCACUCACACCUUCGCCAUAACAAACAUACCGAAAUGGUUCAGCAAGAAUGGCUGGCUCGGGGCUCUACGGCUGGCCGGAAUCCUCCUUACCUUUUGCUUUACCUGGCUGUUGUAUAAGAGUCGUGAUGUCAAAGGAUUCCCAAUGACCGCUAGCUCAGCUGCAAUUAUGCCGAUCUCAUGCUAUAUUACUGGGGACGACAGCAUGUUGAACAGUGGGUACUUCGAGACUCAUAACAUAUCUACGGCACUGCUACCCCAACUAAGUGGCAGUGGGUCUACGACACAGUUCUGGGGUCUCCUGAUACCCAUGACUGUCUCAUUCGUCAUCGGUCUGAUUUUCCUAGCUGUCGACUCCUACUCGGCGUUCUUGGAGGGAAGGAUCGGGUUCUUCUUCCGUUGUGGCAUCACCUUUGCCAAUCUCGUUGUUGCAGGCGCAGCGACAUACUUCAACAACAAACUGCGGACUGACCAAGAGAUUGAUGCGUGGUACCUCAGCUCAAAAAACAACGACUACUCUUUUGCGCAGCUGAUGUCGCUAACACUGCUCGCUUCCUCCGUCUUUCCUUUGAUUAGUGCCUUCUACCAAACAAUCGACGGACCCCGUGCUGCAGACACACAGACUAAGCAAAUUGUCAAGGGUCUGGCAACUGAUCUGAAGAACGAUGAGGCCGGAGUCCCGUUGGCCCAGUACAGCAACGGAGGUGGCCCUGACUAUUCAUACCCGGGAUACUCGGGAGGCUACUCGGGAGGCUACCCGUGAAACGCUCGGUGGACUCGUGGUGUUCGGCAGAGGGUAAACCCUGGGAUUGAUUCGGAUGGGGCCGACAAGCCAAUGAAAGCAAGGGCUCGAGCGUGGCAGCUGCAAGAUUGACGGCGAUCACUUCUUAAAACAGAUGACUGCCUGGAAGGCUGAAGACGUGCAGGGCGCGGUGACCAUUACGAAGGGUCGGCAGGACUGUACGAACUAGGCAAUGUAAUGGGAAAUGGGUCAUAGAAUCGGGCUCCCGCUGCUUCUCUAUAAUGCUGUUGGUCGCC